GGUCUGGGCUGAACUUCCUCCAGCUCCUCCGUUAUUUCCUAAGUUUGUGAAGGACAUAGUCCUCCAGUCUGCUGCAGCAUACAGACCUGAUAACCCGAAAACACACAGACAGCUACUUUUACUUUAAAAUUAGCAAAAUAUUCAGUUUUUCUUUUUUGAAAGACUAGUGUGUUGAAAUACUACUAAUGCCGUUGAAAUUAAGAGAAUUCGAAGUAAAAGGCGUUAGACGGUGAGAGAAAAUUCGAGAAGAUUCCUGUUGAACCAAAAGGUCUGAGCAUAUCUGGUUCUGCUUUGUCAGUAUCUCAAUGAUGGUUUCCUACUUCCCUCUCCUGCUGUUGCUGAGUAUGUUCAGCCUGGCCCCCCUCUCAUUGGCACUCCCCUUUGAGCAGAGGGGCUUCUGGGACUUUGGUAUAGACGGUGAUGCGGAUGGUCUGACCGUAAUGAUGAGGGAUGAAGAGGAAGGCUCGGCUUUGCUACCUACAGAGCUGCCAUCUUUUGAUAUUCCUAUGUGUCCAUUUGGAUGCCAGUGUCACCUAAAAGUGGUACAGUGUUCGGACCUAGCUUUGACCUCAGUUCCUCAAAACCUCCCCGCUGACACCAAGCUGCUAGACCUACAGAACAACCGUAUUACAGAGCUGAAGGAGAAUGACUUCAAAGGCCUCACCAACCUUUAUGCUUUGUCACUGGUCAACAAUCUGAUCUCUAAAGUUCAUCCAAAGGCCUUUGCACCACUAAAGCACCUACAGAAGCUUUAUUUUUCCAGAAACUUACUGACAGCAGUGCCCAAAAACCUGCCACCCUCACUAGUGGAACUCCGCAUCCACGAGAACCGCAUUAGGAAAGUGCCUGCAAAUACCUUCUCUGGCCUCGGCAGCAUGAACUGCAUAGAGAUGGGUGGGAACCCUCUUCAGAACAGUGGCUUUGAGCCUGGAGCUUUCAAAGGUCUAAAACUCAGUUACCUGCGCAUCUCAGAAGCCAUGCUAACUGGCGUGCCUAAAGAUCUCCCUGACAGUCUCCAUGAACUCCAUUUGGACCAAAACCAGAUCCAGGCAAUUGAAUUGGAGGACCUAAGGCGCUAUAAGCAGCUGUAUAGACUGGGCCUGGGUUAUAACAAUAUUCGCAAUAUUGAGAACGGCAGCCUUUCCUAUUUGCCAAACCUGAGAGAACUACAUUUAGAAAACAACCAGCUGACCCGUGUCCCCAAGGGCUUGGCUGACAUGAAGUAUCUGCAGGUGGUGUACCUCCAUUCCAACAACAUAACCCAGGUAAACGUGGAUGACUUCUGCCCUCGCAGCUAUCACAUGAAGAAGAGCUUCUACAAUGGAAUAAGUCUUUAUGGAAAUCCCAUCCAGUACUGGGAAGUUCAGCCCGCAACUUUUCGCUGUGUUACUGACCGCAUGGCAAUUCAUUUUGGAAACUAUAAGAAAUAGACCGGAGGCAGAGAGAAGGAGUAAGAUGGAUAUUGAACAAUAUCAAAAUAAAACUGCAGAGUGAAAAGAAAAUCAGAAGAGUAGUAUAGAUGAUAAAAUGAAGCAUGGGAUUAGAGUAGUGUCUUCUCGAAGGUGAAGGAGCUUAAAAGUGGUUUAAUAAGAAAUAGGGGCUUGUGAUGCUUCCAAUGUACACCCUGAGAGCACUACCUGGCUACAAUCCAGGAAAUAUUCAAUCAACCAUUCACUGAGCUGACAUACAAAAAGUACCUUUCAAUGUUAUAAUAACUGUUAUUGUUUACCAGAUCUGUUAUUAGCAGUUCCUGUUAUUAUUAUUAUUAUUAAUAUUAUUAUUAUUAUUACAGAUAAAUUACAUAUAGAUUUUAAUGGUAAAAAUCUAUAGAUCUUAAUGUGUAGAUCUGCCUAUAUAAGUGUCUUUCCUGAGUCACUGAUUUGCUUCUUGUGCUUUUGCGUCUUUUUCAGAGGGGUGUAGUAAAUGUGUACUGUAUGCAAUAGGAAAGUACUUGUCCUAUAUUUUAAUAUGCAGUUUUAAAGACCCCCUCAAGCCCCAUAUGUCCAUUCAGUGUCUUUACUGAGCCUGGAGCUGUUUUGCACAUUGCCUUUUCAUAUUCCAAAUGAAAGUUCUGGAUGGGUUGAACCUAUCCGUUCUUGUGCUCUGCUUAUCUGCUGCAUUUUGAGAAUAAAAUUAAAUUCUUUAUGACUUGAUAA